AUGGCUUCUUCAGACAAGUUUUCUUUGGCAUAUCUUGGCCCUAAGGGCACAUACUCUCAUGAGAGCGCAAUGCGCUUUGUCGACUUGCUGACCCCAGACUGUCAACGAAAUGCAGACUAUACCCCCAUUCCUACAAUCCACCAGUGUCUUGAAAAAGUGGUUUCCGGUGAAGUUGACUUGGCUGUCAUUCCUGUCGAAAACUCGUCUAACGGGUCUGUAGUACUCGCCCUUGACAGUCUGCGCGACCUGAUCCAUAACAACACUACGCCAGUACCCAGCAGAUCUACUACAUCUUCUGGUGAAGACAAUCAGCAAAAUGUUACUUCCAGCUCUGAUCUUGAUACUCUAGACGGUCUGAAAACUACCAAAAUCACCGUCAUCAAUGAAAUCUUUGUGCCAAUCCAGCACUGCCUGCUUUCCUUUGCUCCUUCGAUAGACCGGGUUUCGCGUGUUUACACACACCCGCAAGCUUGGGGCCAAGUCACAAAGUUUCUCGAUGCUCAGCUCCCAGCAUCAAAGGCCCCACGUAUUGAUACUAAUUCGACCUCAGCAGCUGCUGCGCGUGUUGCCAGUGAGCAGGAAGCUAAAAAUGAACAAAACGAGCAGGGCAUUGGCGCUCCGCAAGAAACAGACGCAGAAGACAGCAACAAAGAAACCUUUUCAGCGGCUGUUGCCAGUCGUGCAGCUGCUAAAGUUCAUCACGUUCCAAUUUUGGUGCCUGAUAUAUCUAAUCUGUCAUCAAAUACUACCCGCUUUUUGGUUUUUGCACGCCAAGGAUUCCCCGUGGACCGGUUGCGGUAUAAGCAAGGUCUCCAGAGUGUGGUUCCAGCCAAGCGCAGCAGCGAUGAGGUGUUAGAUAUGGAGAAUUUAGAUUGCACAUCUUUAAACAACAAUCAGCUUUCAAAGGACUUUGUCACUCUUGUUUCGCUGACUGUUAAUCACGAUGAACCAGGAUCUUUGUGCAAAUGUUUACAAGCACUUUCGUCAAACGGCAUUAAUCUUACCUCCAUUAACUCGCGGCCUGCAUACAAUCCCUCUGCGGCUCCAGGUUCUUCAGAUUCGGUUACUGCACCACCAAAAUGGUCUUAUGUCUUUUUCAUUGAGUUUUAUGGGAAUCUGUAUACAGACAGCUUGAUUCGACAGGCCUUGAGAACAGUUCAGAAAAAUAGUAGUAAACUGACAGUUUUGGGGUCUUUCCCCCGCAACCCUGCAUAUUACUCUUCAUCAUCCGCAUGA